AUGACUUCGCCGGAAAUCCCAGAGUGGGCAGAUGACCCAGCCAACGCACAGAAUUGGAGUGUGCGCAAGAAGAUCUAUAACACGGCCGUGCCUUCUGUUUUGUGUCUUCUCAUAUCCUUCGGACUUGCCAUCUACUCCCCCUCUCACAGUCAUGUGCAAGCUGCCUUCCACACCUCCUCCACGAAGUCUCUUCUCCCCUUCACCAUGUAUGUCUAUGGACUGGCCUUCGGGCCCAUGAUUGCCGCCCCCAUCAGCGAGACAUAUGGUCGACGCUAUGUCUACCUGGUGAUGACGCCCCUGGCCAUGCUCUUCGUUCUCGGAGCCGGGUUCAGCAACAACCUGGCUAGCCUUGCGGUGUGCCGCUUGUUGGCCGGCAUGUUCAUCUCGGCUCCGCUGGCUGUUGGAGCCGGGACAAUCAUGGACAUGUGGAGCGGCCCAGCAACCGGUCGCGGCGUGACGAUUCUCAUGACCAUCGCCUUUAUGGGACCCGCUCUCGGAUCUUUGGUCGGCGGUUGGGUGGCCGAGUACAAAAGCUGGCGCUGGUCGCAGUGGACCACAUUGUUCCUGGGAGCCGCCUGCUGGGCCUUUAGCCUCGGCGCGCAGGAGUCCUAUUCCCACCCGAUCCUCCGCCGUCGCGCCGCCAAACUAGGGCUAUCCGUCCCUCCGAGCCCAGUUCCGCGCGGUCUUGCCGGCAUCCGGAUGAUGUUUACUGUCACUCUAGCGCGGCCAGUCUACAUGCUUCUGACCGAGCCCAUUGUGGCUCUAUGCUCGCUGUACUCCUCGCUCAAUUUCUCAGUCCUGUUCUGUUUCCUCGCUUGUGUGCCACUCGUCUAUACUGAUGUCUAUGGCUUCACUCCGGGCCAGUGUGGACUCGUUUUUAUCUCUCUGGCACUCGGAUGCGCCAUCGGAUGCCUCGGACUCCUUGUCACGGACCAAUACACUAUGGCUCAGCACCGACGACACUAUCCUGAAGGGCUCAACCCCCCACCGGAACGAGUGCUAUGGGGGGCGAUGCUAGCUAGCCCGGUGAUGCCAGCUGCGUUGUUCUGGUUUGCGUGGACGUCAACCCGCCAUGUUCACUGGAUGAGCAGCAUCGUCGCCAUUGGCCUUUUUGGUUGCUCCAAUAUCAUGAUUUUUGUAUCAACCGCACUCUACCUCACACGAGUCUACGGAGCCACGUCCGGUGCUUCUGCAUUGGCUGCCAAUGGUCUACUGCGAUACGGCAUCGGCGGCUCGUUUCCGCUAUUUACUUUGGCCAUGUACCACAAUCUGGGUUAUAGCUGGGCGUCCAGCCUACUAGGGUUCCUAGCCGUGAUCUUUGCGCCCCUGCCGUGGCUCUUUUUCCGCUGGGGAAGCCGAGUCCGACAGCAUAGUGCAUAUACCUCGUGAGGGACCACGGGCGAUUUCUGAUCUGCAUGUGGAAUGUAUGUUAACUUACGCCCGUUGUAG